AUGUUGAAGAUCGCCUCCCCCCGCAAAAGGGUGCAUCUGGCUGCGGGGCUGCUGCUCGGGUCGGGUGGUGGGGAUGAGUAUAAGAGUCAGGGCGAGGGGAAAGCGAGGGUCAGGUUCUUAUCCUUCCCUUCCCUCCUCCUACCUCCUCCUACUCGUCCUACCCCUCCUUUCGCUACUACUUCACCUUCGCUCAUCACUCGUUCAGUUAUCCUACGUCCUGGUCGAGGGGGUCUUUGGAUUCCGUCCCGUCCUUACUAUCCGUUUAUCUACUCAGUUACUGUAUCCUAUACACCUACCCUAGUCUGGUUCUCUGAAUGCAAUCUCGUUUCUAUGCUAUUUCACCGCGCUUUGAGGCUCAGUGGGCUGCACUUCGAGGUCCAGUAA